UACAAGAAAAACAAUAUCACGUGUUAUAUUCAGUCUAAAAACAUGUCUCUUACAGCAUUACCACUUGUAUCUAAAUUUCCAAGUCACAUAAUAAGGAUAUUAGGAUGUAAUCCUGGUGUUAUGACUCUUCAAGGUACCAAUACAUAUUUACUUGGCACUGGACAAAGACGAAUUUUAAUUGAUUCUGGCGAUGAAGAAACAGCUCCAGAGUAUACAAAGUUAUUGAAAAGUGUUUUAGAUAAAGAAAAAGCAACAAUUGAACACUUGAUAAUAACACAUUGGCAUCAUGAUCAUAUUGGUGGAGUGAAAGCAGUUAAGGAAUUGAUUAAAUCAAUUUCAGCUUCACUCCCAACUGUAUGGAAAUUACGUAGAAGCUUUGAAGAUGUUAAUAAUGAAUCUGGUUGUGGUGAAGACUGGCAAGCGUUAAAUGAUGAACAAUUUAUUGAAGUUGAUGGUGCUAAGCUACAAGUAAAACAUACUCCUGGACAUACUACUGAUCAUGCAUGUCUAGUACUCCAACAAAAUAAUUCUCUUUUUAGUGGUGAUUGUAUUCUUGGUGAAACCACUGCUGUAUUUGAAGAUUUAAGUGACUAUAUGAAUUCAUUGAAAAAAAUUUUAGAUUCGAGUCCUAAAAUUAUUUAUCCAGGACAUGGGCCUGUGAUAGAUAAUCCUCUGCCAAAAAUUAAAUAUUAUAUUGAUCAUCGUAAUAAACGAGAAUUACAAAUUGUUGACUUUUUGAAUCAAAAUAGAGAUAAAUGGUUAUCAAAUAUGGACAUCGUGGCUCAUUUGUAUAAGGAUACACCAAAAACUUUGUGGCCAGCUGCGGAAAUUAAUGUCUUCCAUCAUUUACAAAAAUUGUUAAAAGAAAAUAGAGUGAGGACGAAAGAUGGCGAUUGGCAAUUAGUGACAAUAGAUCAUAAAUUAUAAUUUAAAAAAAUAUAUAAUAAUUAAUUUUAAAAGAUAUCAUAUUUUUUGUAACAAGAAAAAAAGUAAAUUAUAUUAAUUUUAGAAAAAUAUUUUUGAAAUUAAAAAAUUUCAUGGUAAUUUAUUUUAAAGUACAAAAAAAAUAAAUGGGUUUAAAACAAAAUUAAUGAAAUAAAAGAUAUUCCUGAUGUCUGUAGUGGAUGGUAAUAUUUAACCGAGGGUAUAUAUAAUAUAUAUAUGUUACUCGAGGAGAUGUGUGGAGUUUCAUUCUAAUGACUUUAAAUUUAUAUAUACCUAAAUUUACAUGUACGAGCGAGCCCUCACGUACUCGUAUGGAUGAAUCGUAGAUGGAAACCGGUCGUGAACAUGGAGAAUAAGAACAUAGGUUGUCUGCCGUAAUUAACAAUACCCUAUCGAAAAAAUCCAUGUGGGAUUGCAUGGGAACCUACAGGAAUCUACAUAGAAAAGUAUGGAUUUACGUAAGAGCCCAUAGGAAUUAAUAUAGAAGUGUAUGGAUUUGUAUAAGAAUCCAUGUAAGAAACCAUGGGUAUCUGGAUUCCCAUAUAGGAACGUGACAUAGAAACUAGGAUAUAUGAAUUUGUUUAUGGGAAAUUAAUAUAGAAAUUUGGGUUUAUAUAUGAGUAAUUUCUAUAGAAUCCGUGAUAUCCGGAUUUCUAUGUAUAUCGUCUAUUGAUACGCGUAUAUGAAUAAAAGAACAAAUUAAUAUUCUAUUGGCAGGAUACUUUUGUUUUCAUCAAUUUGUUUGUAUCAAUAACGUAACGCUUUUUGUUAAUUUUUUUAAUUCCUAAUCCAUACAAGAAUCCCAUAGGGAUUUUGACAUGGUAUUGAUUCCCAUAGGUACCCAUGUAAGAAUCUAUAUCGGGAUCUAUGCUGGAUUCCUAUAGGAAACCAUAUAGGAAUCCAUCCGAAAACGCCAUGUGGGAACCCAUAUAAGAGUUUAGGCUGAAUUCCCGCAUGGAUUUUUUUGGAUAGGGUAAUUAAUGAAAUAAAAUAACAACGAUUGCUGUGAAACAUUUAUUCAUUUAAUAUGUUAUGAUACAUGCUUUUCGAUCGGUUGUUAUUAAUAGACUGUUAGUUAAAUCUAUUAAUGUGCGCAAGAUAUGACUAUUAUAUUUGAUACAUGAAAAUUUAUACUAAAUAAUGCGGCACUACUGGUAAUAAUUUUUCUUUUUUUCUUUUUAAUCAAUUUAAUUGUAAAUAUAUAACGAAUUACAGAAAAUAAAAUUUAUGAAUGUAUAUAUGUAUAUACUAAUAUAUCACUAACAAUUGAUUUUCGAUAAAAAUUUAUUUAUAUUUCUUCUGAAGUGGAUUAAUAUUUAAAAACUUUUACACUCUGAUUAAAAACAGCGUAAUCUAAAAUUUUAUAAUUUGUAUAACAGAUACAAAAAAUAUAUAU